AUGGGCUUGCCACCCGAAGCUUCAAGUGGUUUUUCACAUGGAUACGCCAAGCUGACUGGAUCAGCCGAUGAGGAUAUUGGGAUCAGAUCUAACUAUCACUUAGAAGAGCUUGAUCUAGACUUCCACACCAAAACCAACGCUUUAAGGGAGGAUUUAAAUAACUCAGAAGUUUUAUCUCAAACGGAGCAAGAAGAAGAGGCUUCAGAGCUAGAAAACGGGAGGGAACUAGCAAAGGAUCAAGAGGAUGUAUAUUUCAAGAGAAGAAUUUUUCGUACAGCGGCAUCUCUGAAAGAUUAUAACUUUAGUGCCUUAGAAGUUGGUCUAAUGACAGAAGGAUCCGGCAUCGAACGCGAAGAACUAGUGUUAGAAGGGGGUGUGACAGAUGGUUAUGACGGGGACGUAAGGGAAAUGGAGAUGGAAGAAGAAGAAGACGAUGAGGCGAAGAAUCACGUGGGUCCUUCAAUUCACUCUCUCAGGCGCCACGGGCCACCUCUUCUCUCUCUUUCGCCUUCGUUGCCUCAUAUACACUCGUUCGAUUCUAAUCCUACAGCUGCUACAGUGGUAAACCAGGACUCUAGUCUGUCUGGGUUGGCCGACAACUUAAGCAGUACAGAUCUGGCAUGGGAUGGGGACAUACCAAGUCCAGCGCCUUCAAUAAGCCGCCUUGGCGACAUUGACCGCGAGACAAACAAAUUAGUAGACAUCAGGCCUAUUUGCGCUAGUGAGCGGCAGCGUCGCGCUAGCGCCACUGCUUUUGGUCAGCAGACUUCCCCUACGAGACAACCUCUUUUGGAGUCUAUCUACCAACGAAUGACUCAUAAGAUGCCUGAAUUGUGUCCAGCACCUCCAACAUUCUCGUAUCCUAAGGUCAGUUUAAUUCCGCAUCUCCCUUAG